CACAGUUUUCUCCGAAUACAAACAGAAGAGAAAGAAAAAAGAGAGAGACCUAUACAAAAAAAAAUCCAAUUUUAUUUGCUUUGGUCUCUCUCUUUUUCUUCUCUUUAUGUAUAAAAUUUUCUGGCAAUUUUUGAAAUCACCCUUUAAUUUAAAGUUCAAAAGAGGUGCUUCAAAUUGAACAAGUGUUUUCUGUCAGAUCCUUAUUGUACUAGUUGCGCUGUGCUAUGUGGAAAUCCAUUUCAAAUGUCAUCACAAGUUUUGGUCAGAAGAAGGAUUCUGCUGUGCCGAGUCAAACUUGUCACGAAUACUCAGACGAUGAUGAUAUCUGUUCUAAUGAAAGCACCGAGGAAGGACUAGAAUGCCCAAUAUGUUGGGAAUCAUUUAACAUUGUUGAGAAUGUUCCCUAUGUAUUGUGGUGUGGCCACUCUCUUUGUAAGAAUUGUCUGUUGGGACUUAAAUCAGCUUCCAUGAAGAUAUCCACUCAACAAGUCCAGAUUCCAUUGUUCGUUUCCUGCCCAUGGUGUAAUUUGCUGACUCUUCGAUUGUUUUACCAGGGAAAUCUCAAAUUUCCUAGAAAGAACUUCUUCCUCCUCUGGAUGGUGGAGAGCAGAAAUGGUGACAGGACGAAGUCUCCGUCUACCAUAUACAGGGAUCAACUAAUGUGCUCCUCCCCUUGUACUUCAAAUACCAGGAACCCGAGUUCUGUCACGAACUGCAGGAGGGCUCAUCGUAUAGGCUCUUCAGGGUCUGGCACUAGUGGUCCUAACAAUACAAAUGAAACCCCUACAAUGCAACGGGCCCAGUUUUCUCUUCAGAAGUCCCUUGAUUUCUUUUUCCGGUUGACAUCCAAAUUUCCGUUGGUUGUUGUACUUCUUCUGGUUGUUAUAUUUGUGAUACCUUCCAGUGUGGGCAUCUUGAUUCUAUACCUGGUGAUCACAAUUCUCUUUGGACUUCCAUCUUUGCUAGUUAUAUACUUCGCUUAUCCUGCUCUAGAUUGGCUGGUGAGAGAGAUUACUGCUUGAAGUGUUUCCGUUCAAUUUGUUUGAGAAUUAUUUGUUAUGAGUUUCGAGAAUGUAAUACAUAGUUCUAUUUUGCACUAGUAAACAAUGUCUCAUCAGUUUGAUCUUA